CUCGUUGGGCAUCUGCCCGCUGGGCCCCACCCCCCUCCCCAAAGACCAGCUGUACCAGCAGGCCAUGCAGGAGUCGGCGUGGACGCACAUGCCGCACCCGUCUGACUCGGAGCGGAUCCGGCAAUACCUGAUGAGGAACCCCUGCCCCACCUUGCCCUUCCACCAUCAGAUGCCUCCUCACCACUCAGACUCCAUCGAGUUCUACCAGCGACUCUCCACUGAAACGCUCUUCUUCAUCUUCUACUACCUGGAGGGCACCAAGGCUCAGUAUUUGUCUGCCAAGGCGCUGAAGAAGCAAUCAUGGAGGUUUCACACCAAGUACAUGAUGUGGUUCCAGAGGCACGAGGAACCCAAAACCAUCACUGAUGAGUUUGAGCAGGGCACUUACAUUUACUUUGACUAUGAGAAAUGGGGCCAGAGGAAGAAGGAGGGCUUCACCUUCGAGUACAGGUACCUGGAAGACCGAGAUCUGCAGUGACGCCCCCGACACGGAGAGACAAAACAAAAAGUACUGCUGUCCACAUUCCCAGACUGAAGUCCAAAAGUGUGGCUAGAGAUUGUGAUGUGUAGUAGAAAGGUGUCCCUCAACGUGGAGGCCGGUGUCUGUACAGGCUGGCGUCUCACAUCCCAGCAGAACGCCCUGUGGGCUCACCCGCCGACGCCAUCCCCCACUUUCUCUGCUCGCAGGUGUGCCCCGUCCGGAGCCAUGCAUGUUUCACCUUUUCUUUUCUCUUUCCUUCAACAACAAAUCUUCUCCGGUCUUGCUCUUGUAUUUCCUGUCACCUGCUGCUCCACAACGGGGACGUUCCUCUCCAGACCCUGUGAUGCCUGUUGAACAUAGCGAGCGCUUAUCAAAGUUUGAUAUUUGUCGGAGGGUGAGCGCAGGGCCUCUCCCUGUGCCAGGGACAGCGUCCGUAUUGGACUUGGAUUAAAUUGCUAUGCAAUUGAA